AUGUCAACAACACCGAGGAGAUCAACUCCAACAGUCUUUGAGCAGCAGCGAGCGGAACUGGUGCGGGAAAUCGCAGUGGGUAUGGAGCAAGUACUCCAAAACAUCAACCGCCUAAACCGCAACCUGGAAAGUAUCAUUGCAGUUGGCAAUGAGUUCAGUUCCGUCGAAGCUCUCUGGUCACAGUUUGAGAACUUCAUGGGCCGCUCUGAAGAGAGUGAGCAGAACGGGACGAGGCCAGGUGAAGGGCAACGUGAUGGAGAGGAAGGAAGGGAAGGCCAUGAUCAGAGUUUCACCGAGGGAGCAUCGACCAGUCACUAG